UCCGAAAUACAACAUGUCUGCUCCCAUGGAUCACUCACGAUUUUUAUUUUUGUGCAUUUAUUUUUCAUUCUGAACAGUAACAUAUUUUUUUAAACCCUCAAAGUUCUGAACAAAAAACAAAAUGGGAAUCUUAGAAAAAAUUGGAGAGAUAGAGCGGGAAAUAGGCCGAACUCAGAAAAAUAAAGCAACUGAGUACCAUCUAGGGUUGUUGAAGGCAAAAUUGGCAAAGUACAGACAGCAAUUACUAGAACCUCAAGGCAAAGCUGGAGCUAAGGGUGAAGGUUUUGAUGUUAUGAAAUCAGGAGAUGCACGAGUAGCACUCAUUGGUUUCCCGUCCGUUGGUAAGUCUACUCUGUUGAACACUCUAACAACAACACACAGUGAAUCAGCUGGUUAUGAGUUUACCACACUGACUUGUAUACCUGGUGUAAUUGAGUAUAACGGUGCAAAUAUACAGUUACUUGAUUUACCUGGUAUCAUUGAAGGUGCUGCUCAAGGUAAAGGUAGAGGGAGACAGGUUAUAGCAGUGGCCAGAACAGCUGAUGUUGUUAUCAUGAUGUUAGAUGCCACCAAAGGAGAAAAGCAGAAGGAACUAUUGACAAUGGAGUUGGAAAGUGUUGGAAUCAGAUUAAACAGAAGAAAACCAAAUAUAUAUUUCAAGCCGAAAAAAGGUGGAGGAAUAUCAUUUAAUUCAACAUUAACGCUGACAAAAUGUAAUGAAAAAUUAUGUCAGAUGAUUUUACAUGAAUGGAAAAUUUUUAAUGCUGAAAUAUUAUUUAGAGAUGACUGUACAUCAGAUGAAUUUGUAGAUGUUAUACUGGGAAGUCGUGUAUAUAUGCCUUGUAUAUAUGUGUAUAAUAAAAUAGAUCAGAUUUCUAUCGAGGAAGUUGACAGAUUAGCAAGAAAACCUCAUUCUGUAGUUGUAAGUUGCAAUAUGAAUUUGAAUCUUGAUUAUUUAUUGUCAACGACAUGGGAAUAUUUGGCCUUAGUGAGAGUCUACACAAAGAAAAGAGGAGAAAGACCAGAUUUUGAAGGUGGACUGAUUUUAAGAAGAGGAUGUACAUUAGAACAUGUAUGCCAUAAAAUCCAUAGAACCAUGGUGAACACAUUUAAGUAUGGUCUAGUUUGGGGCCGAAGUGUAAAGUACAGUCCACAGAGAGUAGGAAUACAUCAUAAAAUGUGUCAUGAUGAUGUGGUACAGAUUAUAAAGAAAUUUUGCAUGAUGACAGAUUUUGACCCGGUCUCUAUUUUGUUGGUGACUUCGGGAACAAGAGGUGAAAGAUUGCUAUUUCAGUAUCCAAAUUUUGAAAUAGCAAGAACCCACCAAGAUAUUGCUAAAUCUAAAAGAAGAAAUGUUUACAGUGUACGGAUAGCAGAAGAUGUUGUCACAGUAUCAAGUCCAGUAAACAGCAGCAACACUGGGACUUUAUCUGGAUUUUCCAAGGCAAUUUUAGCAAAUCUUCUGUCGGUCAAACCAGCUUUAUGUGGUCAACCAUUUGAUUUGAAAGUAGAUGAUUUGAGAUUUAUAGGAUUUCCUAUGCUGUUGGACCAGUCUACCAAACAACAGACAUCAGGCAAAAUAUCUCAUCAGAUUGGAUCAUUUAAUAUUGUCUUUGUUUUAAAGGCAUCAGUUGAUCAGUCUGUAAUAAACUGUUAUUUUGACCUGGUGAAACAACUAACAGCUGCUAUUAAAUAUGAAGAGUCUCGGCGACAGUAUUUAUCAGCAGAAGCCAAAAUAAUGAUAUCUAUACAUGAUGACAUUGCUUCUCUUCCCGAAGAUCAGAUGCAUUUCCCAUAUGAUUUGAUACAGACUAAAAGCUCUUUAGCAAGAGACUUAAAAACAGCAUAUGAAAGUGUGAAAGACAAGGGAGUGGUACAUUUAUAUAUAAACAAGUGGAUAGAAGUCACAUUUUGUCUGCCACACAAAGUCCAUUCCAAAUCUUCUGCUGCCUUAUCUGUAAAAGUAAAUCCAGAAGUAAUCCAGAGAUGUAUAGAAGCUUUAAGACCUUACCAUGGAGUGUUAUUACUUGUGGAUGGACAGAAUUUGUUGGAUACUUUGUCAACAGAUUGCACACCAGCUCUGAACAGACUUAUCAAUGUCAUUAUUCAGCAGCCAGUCAGAAGUUUACAGAUCAUAGCAUUAGAGGCUGACCUUAGUUUAUCACAGGUAUUCCAGCUUGUUAGUCAUCUUGUAUACUGGGGUAAAGCUACAAUUGUGUAUCCAUUAUGUGAAAGCAAUGUGUAUUUACUGUCUCCAAGUUCUAAUAUCAAAAUGAAUUCUAAGAUUGCAGAAGAAUUUGUACAGCUCUUUCCUGGACGAUCUUUAGCAGUCGAGUUGUCUGAAUUUUCUUAUCCUACAAAGUUAUGGGAUACACAGGACAUGUUGAAUAAACAACAAAAGCAACAGGAAGAGAAAGUUAGUAUGGUGGUAUGGUUAUUACAGCAUGGAUUGAUACACCAACUACAUACCUAUGUGUUUCUGAUGCCACCACUUAAAUCCAGGCUUUGUGUAGAGGACAGAACAUCUAGUUUCUCUGAUGUAGCAUCAGUAAACAGUGAUGAGAGUCAGCUCCAUUACCAGUCUCCGUCUUCUGAACUGGCAAGUGAUGGAUCUUUUAUAUCUGAAGAGAUAAAAGGCUUUAUGCCCAUGGAAGACACAAUGUCUAAAUUGACGAGAGAGGAGCAAGACUACAUGCUUAAUUUAUCAGCUGCAAAAAAUACAGAUGAUUUAAGACUAUUUCUAAGGCUGUGUCCUUACUUUGAUGGCCUGCAUCAUUUUGAAGAGAUUAUGUUUUAUGAAGACCUUACACGUUCACAGCUUCUGACUUUACUGGACAAGUUUCAGGAUGUUCUAAUAACAUGUCAGUAUCCUGACCAAGCUACGAUAUUUAAUUCAUCCUGAGUGCAAAUUUAUAAAGGAAAUAGACAAGAAUCUCAAAUUAACUGGAGGAUUGUGCAAUACUUGUAAUUUAUUGCUUAUGACUUAUGUGAUCAAUUAUGAAAUUAUUAUUAUCAAUUAGGAGUUGAUACAGAUUUAAUCAGUGAAAUUAUUUGAUAAAUUUUACUAUAUUUUACAUACAACAUGUAAAUGAAGAUAUUGAACGACUGGUUUGAUUGGGAUGUGUCUCAUAUGACAGAACUGGAUACAAGGACACGAAAUUUAUAAACAAGGGAAUUGAAAUUGAUUACCAUAGAAAGGAGGAGAGAAGCUUUUUAUCCUGAAGUGUAUAAUUCAGAUUAAUCAAGGUUAAUGACCAGGAAGACUACACGAUAUCAUGAGGUGAUUUGAUUUGCUGGGUAUUAUCAAUUAUAUAAUUAGGAUAAAAAAGGAGAGAAGUAGUCCAACUAUGUAUGGCAGAAGACCAACAAGAAGAACGAUUCAUAUAAUUGUGUGCAAAUAAAGGCAUUACCAUUUCAAGAUAUAAAGAAUUUGUAUUUGGAUUCCAAGAUAUGCCAAACUAGUGUACUCAAAGAUAAAACAGAUAUAGUAUAUGUCUAAAGUUGACUGUGUCAUAGUUAACCAUUUCAAGAUAUAAAGAAUUUGUAUUAGGAUUCCAAGAUAUGGUCCGAGUACACAGUUAUUUCGUAGUGCAUUUCUUUUAGACAAUAAAUGAAAAUUAAAAAAAUCCCACCUGCGCUUUCUCAAUAAUAUUUUUACAGUGUGUUGUACUACUUUUGGGACAAAUUAUAUCAAAAUUAUAGAAAACUUCAUCGGCUCUAACUCAAAAUAUUGACAAUUUCAUGCUAAGGGGGUCUUCAAAUCUUUUGACAGCUUUCGAAGUGCUAAUUUUUAACACUUUUCAGCUGGACCAAAUCACUACUUUACUUUAAAAUUCAUGACCCAAAUUUUUUUACAGUGUCAUUUCACCCCCCUACUUACUAUUGAAGUCAUAAAACAUGGAGAAAUAAAUUUGGAAGAGGUAUAAAAAAAAUCGACAAGUAACACACUGUCCACACUAGGGACUAUAUUCAUGGACAACGAAAAUCAAAGGACGAUAACUGUGUACCCGGACCUAAUAGGGUAGAAAAAGUUGACCAAUCGUAAUGAAACUUGGGAUGACCAAAGCUUAUUGAAUUAUAAGACUGCUUACAAAGUUUCAUGGCAAUAGGAUAUAUAUUAUAGACAAUAUGACUAAUUCUAUAUUCAACUUUGCGUGUAAAAUUUAGACGUUAAAAUUGAAAAUUUUCAACUAUCAACAUUUGGGGCUUAAAAAAUUAAAAUAUUGCAAAAAAAUACUUUUGAAAUGCCUUAAUAUAUAAUAUAUUAUGUAUUAAAAGCAAUAGAGUACUCAUUUGAUUUAUCAGACUUAUCAUAACUAUUAAAAAGUCAAAUUUAUAUGAGCCUGUGGCUAAAAAUGGAGGUUUUCCAAUGAAGGGGGGGCCUUACAUGAAGAUGUAAUAUUUUCCAGCAAUUUUAAAUUUGUAUAGCUUUUUGGUUAUAAAUAAUCCUUACAUAUGUAUUUAAUGUACUUUAAAUGGAAAGAAAACUUACAAAUAACAUAUCACAUUAGUUUAAAAGGGUCUUAGGCCAAGUAAGACUGAAAAUAAUUUAGGGUCAAUUUAGGCCGUAUCACAUAUUUACAUUUAAAAAUGCAUAUUGAAGCUAUAGGAAAUAAAAUUUUGUGUCUUUUCUAUCAUUUCUAUACUCAGGUGACAUGAUACAAUAAAUCUGAGCACAAAAAGACUCUUGCAUUCAACUUUUUUUGCAGACAGUAUGGUCUGAUACAAAGAUUUUUCACUUUUUAGUGAAAAACAUGCAUGCGAUUUUAGUCUCAACAGUCUUAUAUUUGAACCACUUGCUAUUCUACAGAAGAAAAGAAAGAUAUUAUUUGACAUAAAACAGGUACAAAAGACAUUGUUAAGUGCUUUUUAUACAAAUUUAGUGAGGUCUUUAUAAUGGACUUCAACUUUUAUGUUCCAAGCUCCUCACAUUUAACUUGAUCCAAACAGGGCGUUAGACGAGGAUCAUAUAUACAACACAUUUUGCACAUAUUGUCCGAGAUAAUCUUCUUUUCUGUAGAUUCCGAGUUCACAAAUGAGUAAUACAACUGGAUUGAAGCAUAGAAACCCAAAUAUUGACACAUAAAAACCUGUCAGAUAGAAAGUCAGAAUGCCACUUAUGCAUCAAAAUUGAAAAAGCUAUGAAAUGCUUAUUUUGACCAUAAAAUGCCAAAAUUGGUCAUUUUUGCAGAAAUUCUAUCAAAUGAAAGUUUAAAUCCUUUAGUUUUAUGCUAUUUGAUAAAUUGACACCAUCAAAACAUUCAGGGAAGUUGCCAUAGUACAGAUUCUAUAUUUCCUGAUUUCACCUCUUAGGUCCGAGUACACAGUUAUUUCGUAGUGCAUUUCUUUUAGACAAUAAAUGAAAAUUAAAAAAAUCCCACCUGCGCUUUCUCAAUAAUAUUUUUACAGUGUGUUGUACUACUUUUGGGACAAAUUAUAUCAAAAUUAUAGAAAACUUCAUCGGCUCUAACUCAAAAUAUUGACAAUUUCAUGCUAAGGGGGUCUUCAAAUCUUUUGACAGCUUUCGAAGUGCUAAUUUUUAACACUUUUCAGCUGGACCAAAUCACUACUUUACUUUAAAAUUCAUGACCCAAAUUUUUUUACAGUGUCAUUUCACCCCCCUACUUACUAUUGGAGUCAUAAAACAUGGAGAAAUAAAUUUGGAAGGGGUAUAAAAAAAAUCGACAAGUAACACACUGUCCACACUAGGGACUAUAUUCGUGGACAACGAAAAUCAAAGGACGAUAACUGUGUACCCGGACCAUAUGCCGAUCUAGUGUACUCAAAGAUAAACAGAACUAGUAUAUGUCUAAAGUUGACUGUGUCAUAGUUCAAAAUGUCUGCUAGUCAUGUUUGUCUGUACGUUUGAAAGUUUUGUAAGCUGAUACAUGUAGGAUCAAUAAGGAGGCCUCAGAUGUAAACAACAUGGAAUCUUCAUUUUAACGACAAAACAAGUCAAAUGCCGUUAUAGCCUAUUACAAUUUGUUUUGGUUAGAUAUGAUAUUUGGAAAAUAACUUUAACAUGAAUAUGCACCUAUAACCAUAAACUGUUUUUGAAAAUGGCACUUUGUCAUUUCCUUUCAAUAACUUAUGAACCCUUCUACCAAUGGUUUUCAAAUUAUAAUACUGAUGAAAAAAUUUAUGUAGAGUUCAAUAUUGAUGAUUUUCACUUUUGCCAUUCAGGAGUUCUGGUCCUUGAUAGAUUGGAAAAGAGGUAUAGAAUGUAGAGGUCAAAAAAGCCUGAAAGAUACUUUCAAAAUACUGAUAUUUGACAACUCAUUCCUUGUUUUAUUUUCUUUCAAGUAGGACCUUAUAACUUUUCAACAUUACUACCUACCAUAAAAUGCAGGUCAAGUUUGAUUUUCACUGUUGCUGCAAUAACUGUUCAAGUGUUGAAUUGUCCCGUAAUGGUAAAAUUGAUGGUAUCCAAAUGAUAAAACUAAUUUGAUUUGAAAUAAGAUAUUGUAGGUUUUUGUUUUUUGUUUGUUCAACAUCCUAAGGGAAUAAAUGUUGGUUGUGUUAACAUUUUACUUGUUUUUGUCGAGCCUGCGACUUUUGUCACAGAAAGCUCGACAUAGGGAUAGUGAUCCGGCGGCGGCGGCGGCGUUAGCUAACUUCUUAAAAGCUUUAUAUUUUAGAAGGUGGAAGGUCUGGAUGCUUCAUACUUUGUAUAUGGAUGCCUCAUGUUACGAAGUUUCUGUCAGUCACAUGUCCAAUGUCCUUGACCUCAUUUUCAUGGUUCAGUGACUACUUGAAAAAAAAGUUAAGAUUUUUUGUAAUGUUAGAUUCUCUCUUAUUAUAAGUAAUAGGAUAACUAUAUUUGGUAUGUGCGUACCUUGCAAGGUCCUCAUGCCCGUCAGACAGUUUUCACUUGACCUCGACCUCAUUUCAUGGAUCAGUGAACAAGGUUAAGUUUUGGUGGUCAAGUCCAUAUCUCAGAUACUAUAAGCAAUAGGUCUAGUAUAUUCGGUGUAUGGAAGGACUGUAAGGUGUACAUGUCCAACUGGCAGGUGUCAUCUGACCUUGACCUCAUUUUCAUGGUUCAGUGGUUAUAGUUAAGUUUUUGUGUUUUGGUCUGUUUUUCUUAUACUGUAUGCCAUAGGUCUAUUAUAUUUGGUGUAUGGAAUGAUUGUAAGGUGUACAUGUCUAGCGGGCAGGUGUCAUCUGACUUUGACCUCAUUUUCAUGGUUCAUUGGUCAAAGUUAAGUUUUUGAGUUUUGGUCUUUUUUUCUAAUACUAUAUGCAAUAGUUCAACUAUAUUUGGUAUGUGCUUACCUUGCAAGGUCCUCAUGCCCGUCACACAGUUUUCACUUGACCUCGACCUCAUUUCAUGGAUCAAUGAACAAGGUUAAGUUUUGGUGGUCAAGUCCAUAUCUCCGAUACUAUAAGCAAUAGGUCUAGUAUAUUCGGUGUAUGGAAGGACUGUAAGGUGUACAUGUCCAACUGGCAGGUGUCAUCUGACCUUGACCUCAUUUUCAUGGUUCAGUGGUUAUGGUUAAGUUUUUGUGUUUUGGUCUGUUUUUCUUAUACUGUAUGCCAUAGGUCUACUAUAUUUGGUGUAUGGAAUGAUUGUAAGGUGUACAUGUCUAGCGGGCAGGUGUCUUCUGACCUUGACCUCAUUUUCAUGGUUCAGUGGUCAAAGUUAAGUUUUUGAGUUUUGGUCUUUUUUUCUAAUACUUUAUGCAAUAGGUCAUCUAUAUUUGGUGUAUGGAAAUAUUUUAUGAUGUACCUGUCAGUCUUGCAGGUUUUAUUUGACCUUGACCUCAUUUUCACGGUUCAUUGCUCAGUGUUAAGUUUUUGUGUUUUGGUCUGUUUUUCUAAUACUAUAAGCAAUAGGACAACUAUAUUUGUUGUAUGGAAGGAUUGCAAGCUGUAGUACAUGUCUGCCUGGCAUUGUUCAUUGACCUCAUUUUCUUGGUUCAUUGGUCAAUGUUUAGUUUUCUUGGUUAAGUCUGUAUCUUAGAAACUAUAAACAAUAGGUCAACUAUAUUUAGUGUAUUGAAUGAUUGUAAGGUGUACAUGUAUUUCUUGUUUGGUUUAUAUGACCUUGACCUCAUUUUCUUGGAUCAUGUUAAGUGUAUGUGAUAGUUGUAGUAAAGCUUUAUAUUUAGGACUAUCAACAUAAUAUCAAUGAUUAGUAAAGAAGGCGAGACAUUUCAGCGUGUGCACUCUUGUUUUAAGGAAUGCACUGAUUUUUGGUGUAAAGUUGCAUAUUGGCUAGCCACAAAUAAGCUUUGAAUAUUCUUUUUGAUGAAUUGUUUCAGAUUGAAUAAUGAUCCUCCAGGUCAUGUUCUAAUAAAUGGCAUGAUGAUACAUGUUGUACCAUUAUGUAGUUGCUAUCUGUGUAUUUAAGUAUUCUUUCAUAGAGUAGUGGCAUGGAAUACAUGCAAACCAUAAAAUCUAUAAAAAAAGUUUUUCUUUUUAUUAUUUAACAUUGGUUGAACAACAUGUUAUAAUGGAAUACCGGUAGUCCGAAGUAGUUUUUACAUUGUUGUAAACAUACAUGUAAUUUUAUUAAAACUAUUUAUAAAAAAAUUAACAGAAUAAUUGACAUAAGAAUACAUGAAUCUAAAUGCAUUGUACAUUUACAAUAAAACAUUAAUAUAUCAUGAUACAAGUAAUUUGGCAGCAAAUGAUCAACAUAGAAUUUUCAAAGAAUUUCUUUGCAUUGUAAACUACUCAUGGAUUUUUUUCUUUUUUUUAACAAUUUUUUAAUAAAUAAUGAUCUUUAUUUGAAGAACAAAAAGACCUUUGAUACUGAACUCGAAAUAUCCUAUCUGAUUAAAGAGAAAACAUUAUUUUCUGCAAUUUGUUUUACUUAUGUGAGCAAUUUUUGUGGUUUUUGUAUCAUCAUUUUGGUAUACAAACAAUGAAAUUACCCACAAUGCUUUAGUUUCAGAAACUUGGUAACUAGAAAUCAAAGUACCUUCACAGCCUCCAUCCUUUUAUUUUGAUUUCAGAUAUUUUUGAAACAAGAGAUAAAUUUUUACCAAAAGUUGCUUCAGAUGACUGAUUUAGUAUUAAACCUGUUAACUGAAUUCAUAUAUUUUCACCUUUU